AUGUCUACUCCACACCCCCACCAUUUCCGCCCAGCGACGACGCACGCCGACUGGACCAAGACUGACCAGUACCACAACAAGUACCUGCUCUCACAGGACGAAGCGCUUGAAUUCGCUCUGAAGAACACAGACGCGAACGGCAUCCCCCUUAUCAGCGUCUCUGCUGCCCAGGGAAAGUACCUCUACUUGCUCGCCAAGACGCUCGGUGCGAAGCAGAUCUUGGAAGUGGGCACGCUCGGCGCCUACUCGACUAUCUGGAUGGCGAAGGCGCUGCCUGAGGGCGGGGAGAUCAUCUCCCUCGAAGUGAACCCGAAGCACGCGAAGAUCUCGACGGAGAACAUCGCUCACGCUGCCAAAGCACGCCUCCGGCAUCACCGGAAGCAGGGAUGGCUGGGCGUCUGCCACGGGACUCCCAAGGCGGGCUGCCCCGCUGUCCUGCAUCAUUUCCCUCUCACAACCAGACAUUUAUCCACCCAUACGUGUAAUCUCUUCUAA